AUGGACCCUUCAGCUCUCUUUUCGGCUCUUGACAAUCCAGUGCCUACGAGCAGUUGGACUGUUUCCAAAGAUCAGCCAUUGGCGAUGGUGUUGAUGGCCAAGGCAGAUUUGGAAACUGUCAAGACAUUCUACGAGUUCUACCCAGAAGCUUUGACCAAAGAACUCUUCAUCAAUGUCCUCAAAUGUGGAGCCAAGCCGGGAGUUGUCGGCUUUCUUGCUACAAUGCGUCCUGACUUGGUUGGUGAUAAGGCCUUUGUGUUUGCAGUGAAUCAAGGACCAGGACCCAACAGACCCACCGACAAGGAAAUUGUCACAAUGGCGAAUAUCAAUCCAGAAAUAUUAUUGAUGCCUACGGGUCAAGACUAUGUGAUGUCAAAUUGCUUGUGCUCUGUGCUGACCUGGAAGUACAGCCUGGAAUUAACUCAAAGUCUUUUCAAAUUGAUUGCGGGCAAAACAAAAGAAAUUGUUUUUCCCGUUGAUGUUUUUGAUGAUAUUGAUGCUUCCCCAUGGGUUGUUGUUGAUGAGAAUUCCCGUACAAAGCGGGCAGCAUUUGAUAAAGAGGCUCUUGGGGGAAUGGAGCCACUUCUGGACAGCAACAACCUACAAAAUAUGAGAAACGCUUGCGGCAAAUGGGAAUUGGAUGCAUUUUUGGAGUUUGUCCGCAAAGUCCUGUGCAACCAGAGCAUUUGCAAGUUGCUUCUGAACUUUCCAGAGCCCUCACUAGACCAAGAGGGACAACCGAACUUCUUUCACUCAGAUUCAUUCAAGCAAGCACUAUCAAAGUGCAAGAUAGAAAAAUUGCAGAUAUAUGUGGACCAAAAUGAUCCACUCGCUCUUGGGUUCCUGCAAUGUUGCCUAAUUCAGAUGCCAUGUCUGAAAGAUUUGAGUGUGAUUGUUGAUUCUGAUAUUGCUGCUUCUAAAGCAACACCUGUACUUGGACAUUUCAUGUGCAGUAACUCACAGUUGGAGACCUUGUUAAUUCGAGCAACAAGUGACACAACGGGAAAAGGACUGGAUCCCAUCCUUAGUGCAUUGGAGAAUGACCAAACCCUGAAUUGUUUCUACUAUCGACAAGGUGGCUUUCAACCCGACAGGUUCAAGAGAUACCAGGAUAUUCUAGCAGUGGUUCUCCAAAACUCCAAUGACACGCUGAACCAUGCCAAAUUUAGUGAUGGUUGCACUGAUGAAGAUUUUUUAGGCAAUCUUCGCAGCCCUCUGCAUCCAAGCCAACACUUGCUGCCCUUCUACAUAUCCCUCAAUCGGCUUGGGCGCAAGGAAGCAAGUGAUCCAGAAACCACCAUUGCAGAAUUUGUAGACCUGCUGGUGGAAGUCAAGGAGGACACAAUUUUCUUUGAUGCAGAUGAGACCCACAAGGACCCUGCCACAACUGAAGAUAUCUCCAACAUUUUGUAUGGACUCCUUCGUGAAAACCCAGCCAACUGGAGUAAGCAAACCAGCAGCUCUGAGCCCAACACAAAGAGUGGAAGCAAACGAAAGCAUAGUGCCCUGUCAUGA